UGGAGCUGGGAUGGAGGAGGUGUGCUUUUAUUUCAGAGUGUGUCAUUUGAGCGGAGUCUCCUGAAACUGCAGCUAACAGAACGGAGGCUGUGUUAGAUCCCCUGGGUUGUUAAGCUGGCGCACCCCGGAGAGUAGGCGACAGAGCAGGCGGGAGAGGCAGUAGAGGAGGGCAGGAAGCCGUACGCCUAGCCGGCUCAUCCCUUCAACUUUGGCUUUUGCUGUGGUGAUUGUAACAGGAGGAGGAAGAGCUAGGAGAAACCCCUGAGGGAAAAGAACGUAAGGAGGGGUGAGAAACUCAACUGGAAAAGAAGUACCAGCGGGAGUGAAAGCAGCCCGCAGAUGCAAACGGGGAGGCCAAAGGAAGAGGAGGAAAAGGCUGGGCUCCGGCAACCUGCUGCUGGGAUUUAGACAAAGGAGGUUUUUAGAGAGGCGGGAUCAGAUUCUAAUAUCGGCUUGAGGAGAGAGCCCGCAGCUGGGCUGGGGAAGAUGAAACGGCCGGAAUUCACAGUGACUGGAGCAUGUACCACAGCCAGAGCUCCCAGGAAUUAGUAAGUCUGGGAAGGGAUUUGCAGAGCUUGAUGGGCGCUGACAUCUCCCCCCUCUGUAAGGCAUGCCUCCGUCCAUGCGUUACCUCUUCAUAGUCUCUGUGACCACUGUCAUCGUUUUUAUUGUGCUCUACCUGUUAAGUUUUGGGGGAGAUCAAAGCUACCAGAAGCUGAACAUCUCAGAUUCUGUGAUGCUGACGCAGGUGUGCACAUCCUUCAUCAACGGGAAAACCCCUUUCCUGUGGAGAAACAAACUGAUGAUCCAUGAGAAGCCUUCUUGCACAGAAUAUGUGACCCAAAGUCACUAUAUCACAGCCCCUUUAUCUCAGGAAGAGGUCGAAUUUCCUUUGGCAUAUGUCAUGGUCAUCCAUCACAAUUUUGACACCUUUGCAAGGCUCUUCAGGGCUAUCUUCAUGCCUCAAAAUGUCUACUGUGUUCAUGUGGAUGAAAAGGCAACAGCUGAAUUCAAAGGUGCAGUGGAACAGUUAGUGAGCUGCUUCCCCAACGCCUUCCUGGCCUCUAAGAUGGAACCCGUGGUCUAUGGCGGGAUCUCCCGGCUCCAGGCUGACCUGAACUGCAUCAAAGAUCUGUCCACCUCUGAGGUCCCCUGGAAAUACGCCAUCAACACCUGUGGGCAGGACUUCCCCCUGAAAACCAACAAGGAAAUAGUUCAGUACCUGAAAGGGCUGAAGGGGAAGAAUCUCACUCCAGGGGUGCUGCCCCCAGCUCACGCAAUUGGAAGGACCAAGUAUGUGCACCGGGAACACCUGAGCAAAGAGCUUUCCUAUGUCAUCAGAACCACCGCACUGAAGCCUCCACCUCCCCACAACCUCACCAUUUACUUUGGCUCUGCCUAUGUCGCUCUGUCGAGAGAGUUUGCCAACUUUGUUCUGCAUGACCCCCGGGCAGUUGACUUGCUCCAUUGGUCCAAAGACACUUUCAGUCCCGAUGAGCACUUCUGGGUGACGCUCAAUAGGAUUCCAGGAGUUCCCGGCGCCAUGCCUAACGCAUCCUGGACGGGCAACCUCAGAGCUGUAAAGUGGAAUGAUAUGGAAGCUCAGCAUGGAGGCUGCCAUGGUCACUAUGUACACGGCAUUUGCAUCUAUGGAAAUGGAGACUUAAAAUGGCUAGUAAAUUCACAAAGCCUAUUCGCUAACAAAUUUGAGCUCAACACGUACCCUCUCACUGUGGAGUGCCUGGAGCUGCGGCUUCGAGAGAGAACCCUCAACCAGAGUGAAACUGCCAUACAACCCAGCUGGUAUUUUUGAUCCGCAGCAGCUCUGGCCUGAUGGGAAAUCAAAGGCGUAAAGAAGAGCCUUCCUCUCCAAGAGACUCUUGCCUUGGCUAUGCUGGAGGCUUCAAAAACGGGUUUCAGGAAAAUAUCAGGACUUGGCUUCAUGGCUAUGCUUAAAAUAUCCACUUGGACACUGUGAUACAUUCACUGACUAGAUGGCUGGGUGCAGCCGUCCUGGUGUUUUUAGCUAGCCUGGCCAUUUCAUUUGAAUGUCUUUCCUUCCUCUUCCGCCUCUUCUUCUUUUCUUCUUUUUUAAAGACAAGCUCUUGCUAUAUAUCUCUGGCUACCCUGGUUCUUGCCAGGUAGCCCAGGAUGGCCUUGAACUCAGUUCUCCCACCUCCCACCCCCACCCCACCCUGCAAGUGCUGCUGUUCCAAGUGUGUACAACCACACCUGGCUCUGAUGUCUGGCAGUCACUUGAUGCUCAUCUGCCUCUUAGUCUACUUGCUGUGGUUGAUGAUAAAUUUAAUUGCAUCGGUUCUCUGUGCCAGAUACUCAUAUUAGUAUAUCCUGCCAGAAAGAAGAAUGGUGGGAAUACUGUCUAAGACUAUCAACCCUUGGUUUAUUUGAGGAGGAAGCUUCAUACCAUCUUGGUAGCAACUAUGCAUUCAGCCAUAUAUAGUCAUAGAGAGAGCUUUCUAGUAACUCCCCACUUUCAUUUAAUCAAGGACUGAUUGGAGGUGGUGGUGCAUGCCUUUAAUCCCAGCACUUGGGAGGCAAAGGCAGGUGGGUCUGUGAGUCCAACCUGGUCUAUACAGAGCCAGUUCCAGGACAGCCAGGGUCAUACAGAGAAUCCCAGUCUUGAAAAACAAAAGACACACACACAAAAGGAACUGAUCUCGAGGAGCUGAGGAACGAUAGAGUACCGUGUCUGAGCAUUUGACUGACAUGUGUGGACUUGGGCUUCAUCUUCAGCAGCACAGACGGCCUGUGAACACUGACAUUUUCAGUUUACUUGUGUCUGAAGUUGUGCUUACAGUACAAAGCCAUGAAGUGACAGAACAUGCCCUUAAGACAGGAGCCACUCUGUGGCGGCAGGAAGGGGACCUCAGGGAUGCCGAGCAUUUCCAUGUUCUGUUCCAGGAUGUUCGUGGAGAACACUGAAACAUCCUCACAGGAAUGAGGGAACUGUUUUCUUUCCCACAGGAAAGGUGCUAUUUUGUGGGUAUGGAACCUGUGAGUAACUCACUUCUGGGGUUCCGUUUCUAUAUGAGAGAUAGGAACCCAGCUCUGUUGUACACAGCUUUAACCACACCAGGAAGGCAUCCAGGUAGCUUGCAAUGAUUGGUGCUGACAAGAGCUCCUGGAUGCUUAAGAGCUUUCGAUUGUAGGUGGACAUCUGUGUCCUUUCUCACUCACUAACUCACUCACUCACUCAUUCAUUCAUUGACUCAGCCUGCAUUCACUAAAUGCCUCUUGAACAUCUGUGAUCCUCCAGACACAUGUUGACACAAGAGGGUCACGCGUUGACACGAGGUAUUUUCUCCGCUAUAAAACUGGGGAGUGGUGUCAGCUUUGGAAACCCUGCUCUAGAGUCUUAGAAAAUGGCUACACUGCAUAGGUGCCCUGUUCUGGCUGCAUAUUCCAUCAGGCCAGAGGGAUCAGUAAUUACAGCCAGAUUAAUCCACAGACAUGGGGGCAGGAGGAAAUGUAAGCUAAAGCCUGUUGGCUCCCACCAGCUCCUUCUUGUCUCACUUAUUCAAAACUCACACCUCUCUCGAGGGUGACGUGAGUAGCUGCAUCUUGCAGAUGAUGUCACAAGCCUUAGGAUGGCUAAUGACCAUUAGGAAACAAAUUCUAAGAAUUUAGGCUGAUCCUCACAGCUCAUUUCCUUAGGGUUGUUGAGAGGAGGUCAAAUAAAGCCAUAUUUAAUAUCUCCAGAGAAGGCAGAGUUUAAGAAUGGACUCAGUGUUAAUUUGGAGAAAAAAGUUCUGUCAUUCAGAAAAAUGUGAGGUCAGGACUCAGCAAGUGCGGAUGCUUGCUGCCAAGCCUAACAAUGCAAGUUCGAUUCCUGCGGCCCACACAAUGGAGGGAGAGAGUUCCCUCCCACAGUUACUCUCUGACCCCAGCACACGUGUGGUUGCACAUAGUCACUCCCUAACACACAAAUGAAUAGAUAUAAUUUUUAAAAAUGUGUUCAUAAAUAUUUAUUUGUUCUAAUGAAAAAAAAAAAACACUUGCUUUAAAUGACGUCACUUACCACAAUGUCAUUCUUGUGCUGUAAUUGUGCCUGCUGCAUUUAAUCAUCUUUAAAGGGAAUCAUUUUCAUGUAAAACUUUUUUUUCCUUCUCCUGAAAAACAAAUGGGAUUGUGUCGAGUAAUAAGGGGUCAAAAGGUAGGGAUGCACUUGUUCACGGUGAAGUCUAAGACGGGUCUCUUUUUUAUGUUAUUUGGAUGGUAGCACCUGAAAAGAAAUGUUUUACACUGGAUCUCUCAUGGAAAAUGAGAAAAUUUUCUGGAAUAGAAGUUUACAUGACUAUUGCUGGUCCCCUCUUUGUCGUACAUACUUUAUUAUUGGAAGAGAGCAGCAUUUGAGCCAGUAAGCUAGCUGUGGAGGUCCCCUCCCUCAUCUACGGUAUCUGUUUUGCUGUUGAUGUUUUCUGUUUUUGUUUUCUUGGAAAUAAAGUAAUAUAUUGUUUUCCACCUCCA